AUGGGGAACCAGGAGGCCAAGCAGAGGAAGGCGGGCGCUGCGGGCGCUGCUUCGGGGGCAGAGGGUACGGGCAACGUGGUCAGGGCUGAGGAUGGGAAGGGAGGCUUUCACAGCAAGAAGUCUCAGAGCAAAUCCAGCAAACUAGGAGAUUCUGCCAAAAAGAAAGCCAAAGCAGAGUCCACCAAGACCUCCGUCUUCUCCAACCUAAAGAAGGGGCUGUCUCGGGCAAAGGGGGCGUCCAGGGAGAGCAUUCUGGACGGUGGAGACUUCCAAGCUUCUCAUCCCGACGGCUCAGAGAUUAAAGCCUCUGAUGCCAGCCUCUCUGGUGACGAGCUGGGGGGGAUGACCGACAGCGAUCCUGAGCGAGGACAGCCGACCGCGGAGGGGGAGGAGGAGGGCAGGAGUACAGGGUCAGAGUCAGACACGGACAUCUACAGCUUUCACUCAGCCACCGACCAUCAGGAUCUCCUCGCAGACAUCCAGCUGGCCAUGUGCAAACAGCAUGGAGACAGCAUCCCUGCCGACCUGCUCACUGCAAAUUUGCCCCGUGACCCCACAAUCCCAGAUGCCCUUUGUGACCUACCCCUUGAUCCGGAGACUGGAAGUGGAGAGGCCCUGGCAGAGGUGGAUGGGGCCAGGGUGGAGGUAAGGAGGAAUGACACCAAAAUGGAAUUAAAUGCAAGUGAGACGAUUGCAGCUCCGGUGUCAGAGGAGUUGGAUCAUCUUGCAGAAAGUGGCCCAGUGUCCGUGUCUGAAGUUCCUCAGUUGACCAUCACCAAGACACCCAGCACUCAAAGCUUCCCUGACACAGCUUCCCCCAACACAACCACCAACACGACAACCAACACGUCCUACGAGAGCGCAGAUGAGCCACCAGACGAGGAAGCAGGAGGCGCCACCCUCGGCUCCCCAUUUGAAAGUGUGGACUGCCAUCAUGACCUCACCAAGGUCCUACCUGUUGGACUUGAGUCUGUUUUGGAGUUGCCUGACCCCAGGGCGAAGGCAACUGGAGUCGCAGUCACAACCAGGUCACACAAAAGCGUGAGCAGCAUAGAUCUAAAUGUGGUGCGAGAUGAGGAUGAGGAGGGUGGCAUUAGUUAUGAAGAACUGGGGUUCCUUUCCCCACAACGGAGGACCAGCAGCAGCAUCUCCUUCACCCAGUGGGCCUCUGAGAAUCCGCAGGGAUCUCGAGCUCGACGGGCGUCCGCUGCUGGCUCGAUUGUCAAGCCUUACCCCACCAUCCAUCCAUCAUACGUGAAGACCACCACAAGGCAGCUCACCUCCCCCACACACUCUCCAGUGGGCUCCCCAGCACAGAGUCCUCAAGUCCCCCGCAGGGAGGGCUCCAGCUUGGGUCUCGGGAGCUCCAGAGCGGAGAGGUGGAGGGCCCAGAGACAGAGGUCCAGCAGCAUUGCCGGGCCCAUCAGCUACCCAUCAGACUGGGCCGGACGGUUCGCGGGCCUGCGGGCCGGAUCAGAGGAUGGACCUGAGCUAUCGCAGGAGAAGGUCCCUGAACAGAGUCUUGGCACCAGACGCACCUCCUCAUGUCUACAAACGUACGGCGGAGGCUUUUCUCUGGACGUAUUCUCUGGUCGUACUCUGUUGGAGCGUUGUUUGGCAGGGGUAGAAGUGCCCCCCGAGGAGGUCGAGACGUUGUGCUCCCGCUUCCUGGCCCUAGGGAUCCUCCAGCCUUUCAGCCACUGCUUCAGGGAGCAGCUCCGAGAAGGAGACGUGCCAGAUAUGCUCACCUUCAAUGAGGAGCAGCUGUACACCUGGGCUCCCAUCAGCCCCCACCUCCAGCAGUGGGAGCAGCCCAUGGGGGCCGUGCUGGGAAGGAGACACACACAGCGCCCCCAUUCCGCCAGAGCAGAGCAGGACGAAGGCGCGUCACGAUCUGGAAAUGUAGAAGGUGGGGAUUCCGGCAUGAUCCAGCAGCUCGAGGGGACGAUACGGGAAUUACAUGAUAAGAUAUCCAACUUGGAGAGUCAACAGGUGUCGCUGGAGAGGGGUAUUUGCACAAGGGAGUCGAAGGGAGGGGAGGAUGUUACGGACUCUGUUGGGAAUGACGCACAAAAGCCAGACGGACUGACGGAGAGCAACCAGCAGGCCAGAUCCAGCCAGACGUCACCAGUGGAGGAGGCGGCGCCAGCCCUCCAGGACUUCCUCCUCCACCACCUCCUCUCCCUGGCAUGGGCCCUCCUCCCCCGCCACCCCCUCCUCCUCCUGGGAUGGGGGGGACCCCCGCCACCCCCUCCUCCACCAGGCAUGGGUCCCCCACCACCACCCCCAGGCCCUGGCUGCCUGCCUCCUCCGCCGUUCCCCCCAGGAGGGUUUGCCAUGGCCAUGACCCAGGAGGCUUCCCCCCUGAAGGCUGCCAUCGAGCCUCCCAGGCCCAUGAAGCCUCUCUACUGGACCAGGAUUCAGCUACAUGCUAAAAAGGAGGCUAACACAGCUCUUGUUUGGGAGAAGAUUGAAGAGCCGUCCGUGGACUUUGAUGAAUUUGCUGAACUUUUCUCCAAAAGUGCCGUGAGGGAAAAGAAGAAGCCUAUAUCAGAUACCAUCACCAAAUCUAAGGCCAAGCAGGUUGUUAAAAUCCUGAAUAACAAGCGUUCCCAGGCAGUUGGGAUCCUCAUGUCCAGUCUGCACUUGGAUAUGAAGGACAUUCAAAAUGCUAUUCUCAACAUGGACAACACAGUGGUGGACCUUGAGACCCUACACGCCCUCUAUGAAAACAGAGCCCAGCAAGACGAGAUGGAAAAGAUAGAGAAGCACAUGAAGUCAGUCAAAGAUAAGGAGGACCCAAAGCCCCUGGACAAGCCUGAGCAGUUUCUGCUCCAGAUUUCUCAAAUCCCCAACUUCUCCGGGCGGGUGUGCUGCAUCCUUUUCAAGUCCACGUUUGCAGAGUGCAUGGGCUCGGUCCACAGGAAGGUGGAGGUCCUGCAGAGAGUCUGUGAGACUCUCCAGACAGGCGCAUGCGUGAUGCAGGUGCUCGGCCUAAUCUUGGCCUUCGGCAACUUCAUGAACGGGGGGAACCGAAGUCGAGGCCAGGCAGACGGCUUCGCUCUGGACAUUCUGCCCAAGCUGAAGGACGUGAAGAGCAGUGACAACACACAGAGCCUCCUGUCGUACAUUGUUGCUUACUAUCUCAGGCACUUUGAUGAGGACGCUGGCAAAGAGACGUGUGUCUACCCACUUCCAGAGCCACAGGACCUUUUCCAGGCCUCUCAGAUGAAGUUUGAGGACUUUCAGAGAGACUUGCGCAAGUUAAGAAAGGAUUUGAAUGUGUGCGAGACGGAGAGGGAUAAAGUGUGUAAGGUGUCGUCCGAAGAACACCUGCAACCUUUUAAGGACAACAUGGAGGAAUUUUUGACUCAGGCUAAAAGCGAGUUGGAAGCCCAGGAAUCUCAGCUUGCCAUGACGCAUACAGUUUUCCUGGAGCUGAGUGUAUUUUUCUCCAUCAAGCCUAAGGCUGGAGAGAAAGAGGCUUCUCCCAACACAAUCUUCUCCGUGUGGCAUGAGUUCUCCAGCGACUUCAAAGACCUGUGGAAGAGAGAGAACAAGGUUCUUCUGCAGGAGAGAUUGAAAGUGGCAGAGGAGUCUUUCAAGCAGGCCCGAGAGAAAGCCGCCUACAGUGUCAAACCCAAACAUGCCUCUGGGAUGAAAGCCAAACUCGGACAGAAGAUUUAAGAGACUGCCGCAAGGACAGCUUUGCUCUUUGUUUUAAUUAAGAAGGCACGUGGCGGUGGUGACAAAUUCCCCCCCCCCAUGAUAACCAGCACUUUUGUCUUUCUCUCUGUUCAACUCCUCAUGUUGUAAUCAAAGAGCAUUUUCCUUCAGGCUCAACAAGGAUUUAUAUUUCUAAGCUCCUCUGUUAUACCGUGUUACAUUCGUCAGUGGCCCCAUGAGUCCAUUCAAGGCAAGAUCAUUUUCUCCCAGUCAAUGUAGCCACGUGGAACCUCUCCUCUCCAAAGCUUAGCGGCCCUUUAUAAGGAGAAGCAGCAGGUGAGAGACUUGUGUUCGUCUUUAUGGAAAAGCUGGAAGUGCCUUAAUUGAAGCACACUCAUCGCCAUCGCCAUCACCCAUCGCCCAUCGCCCAUCAGCCCUGCUGCCAAGUGAGGUGUCACUGAGGAGAACACGGGGCAGAGGUGCCCUAGGAAUCACUCGCGGUGACGUUCACUACGAAAGACUCUUAAUCACUGAGCAAAGAAUCAUAUCUUACUGACUUAACCCCCCAUAGACAUAGAAGUCAUUGAAGUUGUUGAAUAGGUUAUUUAAAGCCAAAGUGCUUCCCAAAGUGUGUGUGUGUGUGUGUGUGUGUGUGUGUGUGUGUGUGUGUGUGUGCGCGUGCAUGUGCAUGUGCGUGUGAAUAAAGUAAAUAUGUUCUGGGGAAGCUUAGUGUGGACCUGCCUUUCUAAAUGAUUUUUCCCUCAAUACAAUGAGCCAUUUGCUAAAGUAGAAGCCAUAGACAUUCAGCAUCACUGCACCUUUUUUACAGUCCUGCAUUAAAACUCUGACCUUGUUUGUUGUUUAACUGCAACACGGGGCAGAGGUGCCCUAGGAAUCACUCGCAGUGACGUUCGGUAUGGAAAAAGAAAGGCUCUUAAUCACUGAGCAAAGAAUCAUAUCUUACUGACUUAACCCUCCAUAGACAUAGAAGUCAUUGAAGUUGUUGAAUAGGUUAUUUAAAGCCAAAGUGUGUGUGUGUGUGUGUGUGUGUGUGUGUGUGUGUGUGUGUGUGUGUGUGUGUGUGUGUGUGUGUGUGUGUGUGUGAGUGUGAGUGUGAGUGAGUGAGAUGGAUAUGAGGAGGGUUUCUGCAGUGGACUGUGUAAAAAAUCCAAAUUUGUGUGAAUAAAGAAAAUAUGUUCUGGGGAGGCUAAAUGUGGACCUACCUUUUUCCCCUCAAUAAAAUGAGCCAUUUGCUAAAAAAGAAGCCAUGGACGUUCAGUAUCACUGCACCUUUUUUACAGUCCUGCAUUAAAACUCUGACCUUGUUUGUUGUUUAUCUGCCACCCGUUACACCAGUGAACUUCAUUUUGUAAUAAUGUUUGAAUUAACUAAUUAUUGUUCAA